AUGUCGAAUUUCAAAGGAAGUUUGCAUUCACUUAUUCGCUUUUCCUUAAAGCUUGAUUUGUAUAUUCACAGUCGCAUCCUAUCGCUAUUUUUGUUGGUAUCACUUUGUGACCACUGUUUUAUUCUUUUCACUCGAAAAACACCCUCAAAUAUUGGCCUUGAUAUCAGAAAUAAACUUCAUGAUCUCAUUUACGAAUUUCUUGAGAAAAUUAAACAAAGAGAAAGUCAUAACCUGCAUCUACCUUUUGGUGUUCUGAACCAGCUUUUAUUUCAAAGAGCCUGGAUGCAGAAAAAAAUAAAAAAACUAAACAAAGAAACAAAAUUUGAGGAGAUAAGGAGAAAUAAUUUGUCAAAACUGUUAAAAGCAAAUCCUGUCAUGAAGCAAAACGCCUCAAUCACUAAUUUGGGAUUUUUCAAAGAAAAAGAUCGGUUUUUUAGUAAAAAGCUUCAAUUAUGGGGUCUGGAGAUUGAAAUGCAUCAAGGAUCAUCCAAUUUUCACAUCUCUCAUAAAGAUUUAGCUUGGUACCUACCAGUGAUGGGGGUUUUUUGGAAAAAAGAGGUAACAAAGCUGGGAACUUGUCUAAAAGCAUCGCCGACAAAGCAGAAAUUUGAUUCAACUUUAAAUCUUCUAGGAUUCAGUGAAGAGGUAAAUAUGAGCUAUUUAAGAUUAAGAAGUUGUUCUGAAGAUUUAUCAAAAAGGAUACAAAAUGCAAAAAGACCUAAAGUCAAUGAAAUAGAAAAGAAAAUUCUACAGACUUCAAAAAACCAAGUCAACCCAAAAAUUAGUCAAUAA